CUCACUUCGUGGACCCUUAGCAUCCAGACGGAAAGAGUGAAGCAAUCGCAUAAUCUUCAGACGAAGUAACGAUCAACAGUCUAACAAUAUGACGCGAUCUUUUCUUCUGGUGCUCCUGGGGGUAGGGACAGUUCUACUCUUCGCACCUCAGGCGAGCGCUCAGGGCAGCAACAUCUUCGAAUGGAACUUCCAGGAACGUGGUGAUGCCAUCUGCACAAAUCUGGCCACUGGGGUGACCAUCGACAACCAUCCUCCGUAUGCCAUGAACGUUGCAGGUUUCAGUGAAUCUGACCGCAACAUCAUCGCCUACGACUACAAUGACAUCUACGCUCUGGGCUUCGAGAAGUAUGCGCCCGGUGCAUUCUACCUGUCAAUCUACAAGUGGUACCCGAGUAACAACACAGCGGGCUCUGUCAUCUUCCGGGCCAAGGGCAUCACAACCAGCACCGUGGACGAAGGUGCCACGCUCAGCAUUCUGAGCAACGGGUCUUUGGAUCUGAAAGAUUCAGCUGGAAAUCUGGUAUGGUCAACAGGAACUGGAUCUGCAGGAGCAACUAGGAUGGAGUUCAACAUGGAUGACGGCAACAUCAUCUUGUAUCACAGCACAGGAGCCAUAGUGUGGGAGAGCAGGCUCAACAAUGGGCUUGACUAGAUUCGUUGCAUUCUUGGACAUCAUCGAUUGAUCCAAAUACACCUCAUUGUGGAGCAGACCGAUCGCUUCACACUCUGCUUAGUUACUUCGAGACGUGUUAACUAUAGCUAUCCUAUAUAGUAACCGAUAGCUUGCACCACCUGUUGUGGAGCAUGCUAUCGAUGUCUGCAUGGAUAUCGUGCAUGCAAAUAUGUAAUUGUUUAGCUAUAACUAUAACAUUGAAGUAUUUUUUCUGGAAGAGCUCUCUUUUCAGAUUAUCAAUAAUAAAUCAAUAUAUGAUUGUAGUUCAAGAAAUAGUAAAUAAAUGAGAUUUU